AUGAAAGUUGCACCACACUGCCCCAUGUACGGCGAAGUGGUUGUCGGCGAAGUGACCGACACCCCGGGUGUCGGUGAUCUUUCUCAAUUCAAGCGUAACCCAUUUGUGGUUAAGGAAGGCGCCAAGUACAGGAUUAAACUCAUAUUCAGGGUCCAACGUGAGGGUGUCUCUGGACUGCGGUAUUUUGAAGCUGUUUACAGAAAAGGCAUCAGAGUGGACAAGGCCAAUUUUAUGGUUGGGAGUUACAGACCCAAAACGGAGGAGCACAUCUUCCAGAGUCCCGUGGAUGAGUUACCCGCGGGUUUGUUAGGCCGUGGUGACUAUAUUGUCAAGAGUAAAUUCACAGACGAUGACAAGAAUAUCUACUUGGAGUGGGAGUGGAGUUUCUCCGUUAAGAGAGAUUGGGAAUAAGAUUAUAGUGAUGAUUUCCUACAAAGGAAAUUGGUCUACUGGAAGUGCGGUUUACUUGUAGAUGAUGCUGUUGGUUUUUGAAGGGGUACAUCAUGAAUGUGAAAUUCUUAAUUAAAUUUAUGUUAUCAUGGUUCAGCAAGUAUAGGGAUUAUGUUAGUUAAAUGUAUGCCACAACAUAUACAAUGAAUAUGUAAUUGAUUUUUUUCCCAAAGUGGCACUUUUUUUUUGAAGGAAUUAAUUGUGGCAUUAGUCAUCAGCAUUGCCAAUGAUGACUUUUUUUUAGUCUCUCAGAAAAAGGAACUGCAUGUUUCCCCCCCCCCAAAAAAAAAAAUGUGUACAUGUAUAUGGAUGCCAUCAUCUAUGUACAGAACAAAACAAAUGACGUAUACUUGUUUUGUAUGAACAUUGCCUUUUCUCAUUUUAUCAGAGCAACUUGUACAACUCUUUCAUUUUGUGGAAGUCUAUAAAACAACGCAUUUAUUAGGAAAUACAUUUUGAUGAUGCUAUUUGUUGUAAUCGCUUAUUAAGUUACUUUUGGGAAUAAAUGAUACAUGUUAGUUGUAUAGCAGGCUUUAUUUUAUCUUUGCAGCCUGCCUCAGGCUGUAAUUAGACUAUUUUGCCAUAGAUAUAGAUAUUUUCUGUUGUUAUAUUUUAAUUGUUAAAGGUUUGGUUUAAUAUAUGGUUUUGCUUUAGGUGCAUAAUAUGAUGUUAUAUUUCCGCAAUGAUGUAUGGCUUGUUUGCCAUAGUAGUGAUCUGGUGUCUUCUAUGUUGUCAUCUAAUUCAUGGAGAUUUUGACCAAGCGCUUUGGGAACCUGGUAACAUAAAGCCACCAGUAUUACAACAGUUGCAUGCCUACCACCCGGCAAGCUUUUUUUGUCAGCACUAGAAUGUAGUUUCUUUAACGAAAGCAUGGAAUACAUUACCUCAUCAAAUAACGAUCAGCCCAUGUUGGCAUAAAUAUCAAGAUGAGGGCAACAAACGAGGACCAAAAUGACACGUUAUUUGAAAGCAUCUGUGUACUUUAACAAUGUAGUAGUUUCCAUUUUGGAUUGGCGAAGCCCCCUAUACCUUGGAAGUGGGCCAGAGGCAUGCGUAUUGAUUUUCCUGAAGCCCUUUCAAAGAAGUCUGUUAAUGGUCAUUGUCUAUAAGCCAUUUGCAUUCUGCACACAAAUGGUAAUGUUAUAUAUUUCACUAGGUUAGUUUUGAAUCAAUAUCAGGUACAAUGUAGAAUCAUUCCACAUUGAUACUUUGUCUACCAUGUCUAUAUAGAAAGUAAUCUUGAUUCUAUAUAGUUUACCAUACUCAGGAACUAGUCGGUUAGGGUCGGUAGUGAGUAGCAAAUGAGUAGCACUUCAACUUUCAUGGGUGUUUUGUUUGGUUUGUUUAAAGAAACCUCGUGCUUCCCGUCAUUGAACUUUAACCAAGUUGAAAAAAAGUCGAACAUUCCAUUUUCAAAGUGCUGACUAAGUUCAGCACGAAAUCCAAUCAGCACCUGCAAGUUACCCAAUGAUAUUUAAAACUACAAAAGCCUAUGUUACACAAGGCUCUAUACAGGGAAAAUCACCAUCGUGCGCUUGACAAAAACAACUUACAAAACUGUCAUACUUUUUAUAUCAAGUUAUCCAUAUUGGGCCUUUUAGUUUUGAAAAUAAUUUCAACUGGAUUCAAGUUUUCUAUGCCUCUUCUGUUAGAUUAGCCUAUAUGACUUAAUUGGAUGCAGUCGCAAAUGAAACGAAAGUCAAUGUCUACCUUAUACUCGUAAUCAUGUUUUAGUUUGGUACAGGAAUGGAUAGAUAAAUAAAUAAAUAAUGCUUA